AUGUCCUCCGAGUCGGCGACAGACCCGCCAUCGAUGACCACAACCUCGUCGACGGCCAAAGACGCCGAUCCCAUGGAUGGGUUGAGAGAAUUGGAGAAAUUGAUUUCCGAGGCCGAAGAGUUUGACACAACAGACAAGAUAUCAUUCAAUGACAAAGAGACACAAUUGGCCCGAAAGGAAGAGGAGGAACGCAUCCAACGACAGAGAGAACGCUCGGCUCAGAGAUGGCAAGAGUUUCAGACACAACAACAAAACCUUAACUUAAAUAACGAUAUCUUUUCUCAAAGAUUUGCCGAAAUUCCAGACGAAGUGCUUCUUAGCAGCGAUGAAGAGGAGGAGAAGAAGAGAAGCGCUCUUAAGCAACAAAUGCCAUCAAAUGGGGUGAAACCGAUGUCAAUGGAAGUGAUAGAUCUGUCAUCCGGUGAAGAGGAGGCCGCGGCGCCCAUUAAUGGCUUUUCCAACUACAGGAAUAGUGGCAUUAAUUUAGACUAUAAUAUGGUCGGCGCUCACGACGAGGACGACGUGGCCAUCAUUGACAACAUCGACAGCUAUAACGGCGAGAGUCGUGAAGAAGACGUGAAUAACUGCGGCUCUCAUACGGACGACACGCUGAACACGUGCGACGCCGAGGGCCGAGUGCUGGUCAAUGUGGGGCAUCCGCCCCAAGACCCGGACAUAUUCCUGGCCCCACAGAUCACACGAUCGGUGAAACCGCACCAAAUCGGUGGCAUUCGCUUCCUAUACGACAACGUUAUUGAAUCACUUGAUAGACAUAAGAAAUCUGCGGGUUUUGGGUGUAUUUUAUCUCAUUCUAUGGGUUUGGGCAAAACAAUGCAGGUGAUUUCGUUUAUCGACGUGUUUCUGAACCAUACGGACGCCAAACACGUGUUAUGUAUAGUUCCGAUCAAUACUCUCCAGAACUGGAUCUCAGAGUUCAAUAUGUGGUCACCAGAAGAGGGGACUCUCAACAAGUACUUUAAGCCGACGGGCGAAAAGGUCACGUACAGGACGUUCAAAGUGUUCGCUAUUAACGAUAGCAUCAAAUGUAUGACAGCCAGAGCUAAAGAGAUACUCAAGUGGCGUAAUUACGGAGGAGUACUGUUGAUGGGCUACGAAAUGUACCGCAUAUUGACGUUAGAUAAUAAGGCGAAGUCCAAGAAGGACGAGGACAUCGACCCCAAGAUAUUGGACAACAUUAACGCGGAAGUGAAGGCGUCGCUAAUAGAUCCGGGACCCGAUCUGGUGGUGUGCGAUGAGGGCCAUCGCAUCAAGAAUUGCAACGCAGCCACCAGUCAGGCGCUGAAGAACAUUAAGACAAAGCGCCGCAUAGUGUUGACGGGAUAUCCGCUGCAGAAUAAGCUGAUGGAGUACUGGUGUAUGAUUGACUUCGUCCGUCCCAACUAUCUCGGCCUUAAGGGCGAGUUCACCAAUAUGUUUGAGCGCCCCAUCACUAACGGCCAGUGUAUAGACUCGACGCCAUACGAUCGACAGAUCAUGAAAUACAGGGCACAUGUGUUGUAUCAGUUGCUCAAAGGCUUUGUUCAACGUCGAAGUCAUUCAGUCCUUCAGAAAGCACUUCCAGCCAAACAGGAGUAUGUGUUGAUGUGUCGCAUGACUGCACUGCAAAAGGAUCUGAUGCUGGCGUUUCUGGACACCGCUAUCAACGAUCCGGACGCCAUCGGAACAGUGAAGGGCCGGAUCUCGACGCUAACGCUGUUCGCCGUGUGCUGUAAGAUCUGGAAUCAUCCGGACAUUGUCUACGACAUUGUCCGCAAAGGCAUCACAUCAGAGGAUCUCGACUUAGAUAUACCGACCAAUAAGAAGAAUAAUAAUAACACUAAAAAAUUAGCGAAGAAUAACAGUAGAAAGCAGUCAAACAACGAAUUAGCGGUUCCAACAACCAAUUCAAAGACGGGCGACCACUUGCCGCCACCCAAUCCAUACUCAACUCUUAUGACUAAUCUGUUCAGUACUCCAUUACGUAAUCGAAGCGAUGGAGUGAUCGACUAUUCGUGGGCUGAGCCCAAACUCCACGGCUAUUCUGUGGGUGUAUUAGAAAAUUCUUAUAAAAUAGUUUUAUUGUUUGAAAUCAUACGCGAAUGCAUUUCGUUGGGCGACCGGUUGCUGGUCUUCAGUCAAUCGUUGAUGACGUUAGACCUAAUCGAGCGCUUUCUUCAGUCACAAGACGUGCCAAAGACGCGAAUCAAAUGGUCUAAAAACGAUACGUACUAUCGGUUGGACGGCUCGACUUCUCCUCACGAAAGGGAACGAUAUAUUAAUUUAUUUAAUAACACGAAAGACGCGCAUCUGUUCCUCAUAUCGACCCGAGCGGGCAGUUUGGGUAUUAACCUGAUUGGCGCCAAUCGUAUUGUCAUAUUCGACGCCAGUUGGAACCCCUGUCACGACGCACAGGCGGCCUGUCGUAUAUAUAGAUACGGACAGCCAAAGCCGUGUUAUAUCUACCGUUUGGUGUGCGACAACUCGCUGGAGAAGAAGAUCUACGACCGACAGGUGAACAAACAAGGAAUGGCUAACCGAGUGGUGGACGAGCAGAACAUUGAGGCCAACUUCACGUGGAGAGAAAUACACUCACUGUUGGACGACUUGCAUGAGAUUCAAGAGCCGCCCGUUCAGGUCUACAGCGAACAGCAAUUGUCUAAAUUCAACGACGAGUUGGUUCGUCGGCUUUUGGUGUCACAAAAUCAUACGAUAACACGACUACCCUUUGAACACGAGUCGCUUCUAUUGGACCGGAAGGAGAAGAGGUUGAGUUCGGCUGAGAAGAGGAUAGCGUUCGGGAACUACAAUGAGGCCAAACGCAUGAAAGGCAAUCAUUUUGACGUCUCGUCGCCCUAUAAUAUGCUCAGACCUCCAGUCACUCAGCAGUUUGGUUGGAACCCCUGUCACGACGCACAGGCGGCCUGUCGUAUAUAUAGAUACGGACAGCCAAAGCCGUGUUAUAUAUACCGUUUGGUGUGCGACAACUCACUGGAGAAGAAGAUCUACGACCGACAGGUGAACAAACAGGGAAUGGCUAACCGAGUGGUGGACGAGCAGAACAUUGAGGCCAACUUCACGUGGAGAGAGAUUCACUCACUGUUGGACGACUUGCAUGAGAUUCAAGAGCCACCCGUUCAGGUCUACAGCGAACAGCAAUUGUCUAAAUUCAACGACGAGUUGGUUCGUCGGCUUCUGGUGUCACAAAAUCAUACGAUAACACGACUACCCUUUGAACACGAGUCGCUUCUAUUGGACCGGAAGGAGAAGAGGUUGAGUUCGGCUGAGAAGAGGAUAGCGUUCGGGAACUACAAUGAGGCCAAACGCAUGAAAGGCAAUCAUUUUGACGUCUCGUCGCCCUAUAAUAUGCUCAGACCUCCAGUCACUCCUCGAAGUUUCGCCAAUCCUUUUGGUACCGGUUUUGGCGGCGGUUUGCCUUAUAAUAUGUCGAGUCCUUUACUCCCCUCUCAAAUGACACCAAAUUCUCCCUUUGGUAUGUUUGGUAACGGCAUGAACUCAUACCCCGAUGUAUCGCAACCAUUGCCUCCAUACCCACCGCCGCCCAGAGGUCAGCCCUCGACUCAAUUCCCCAAUUUUGAAUCCAUUGCCGAAACACUCGUCCGAAAUGGAAAUUCCGUGAAAAAGGUUCGCAUCCCUAACGACCUGAACAUAAGCGUCGGUCCCAACAGUAAAAUCAGUAUUAAAAAGGGCGAAGAAGUUAUGGUCAUUCAGACACAGAAAGGCCUAUAUUUGAGGACAAGUGAAGGCAAUAUUAUAUCCAUUAAGAACACCAAUUCGGGCUUUCCUUCACAGGCUUUGCCUUCAUUUAUACCCAUUUCUAAUAACGAUUCCUUUGGAAUAUUACAACCAAAUCUCGGCUGUGGAGGAACUGUUCACUACGCGUCACCAUCUCAUUCACGGGUGUCGUCUACGGUAUCACAUCCUCCAGAAGUGGUCCAAUUGAGUGAUGACGACGAGAUGGAAGACAAUAGCGCUGACAGUACACACAUAUCCUGUAAUAUAGACAACACAUUAGACACGACACAAACGCUGGACGCGACGGAAGCGUCGGUCACAUCAAACGGGUCGACGUCUCACGAAUUGAAUCCAUUCAUGACUUCGGAACCAAAAGAGAACCAAUCAUUAGAUUCUUACUGUCCAUUGAAAGCGCAUUUAAAUGAAGACAAUUAUAACGAUUUCGGUCUCAAUUCGCAGACAGAACUGCCGUUUGACUCUAUACUGGAGUCUCCGGUGAACAACACCUCGUCAUACGAGUCCAUGCAUUCACUGCUGGACACAAACACCGCUUCGCUGUUCACCACAACGUCUCUGACAACGCCUUCAUCUGAACUCCUCGACGAAAGUGCUCUGAAUUUAGAGGCUUUCGAUUUAAUGAAUACUUAA